AUGAGCUCUCAUACGCAGGAUGGCGCACGACAACCUCUUCUCUCUACCUCCGCAUCGCGCGACUCCCUUGCGCAGCAUCCCGCGUCGGCGCAGGAGAACCUUUUGAGCACCGCCGGAGACGUGGGCGGGAAGGUACUGCAGAUAUUUGGUGCGGAGCCUUCGUAUCAAAAGCAGGUGGAAGACCAGGCAAGCUAUGUAGGCGGUAUGCUGUUCUUCUCGUGGAUGGGUGACUUUAUGCGCCGGGCCGCACGCGAGGAGCUCACAUUGAGGGAUUUACCACGGCCCAUGCGUGCCUACCACGCCUACAACGUCGGUGUGCGGCUGUCGGCGGAGCUGCAGCGGCAACAGGAGCGGCGCCACGCGUGGGACGGCUACAUCGGCGCGCGCGUGGGUGUGCGGCGCGACGCUGCGAGCGACGGCGUGCUGCGCUGGGUGGGCGUCGUGCAGCAGUACGGCACGCCGCGGCAGCUGUAUGCCGGAGUGGAGUGGUUGGUGGCGCCUGCGCCGCGUCACGUUGGUGUGCUGGGCCGGUGGCUGCUGUGCCGCGGCGGUGGCGCCCCUCCCCACGGCCCCGGCGCCUUGCACCGCGGCGAGGUGGAGGGUGAGCACCUCUUCGACCUCGCGGACGGCGACACGGUUGCGACCUGUGAACGUGUGGAGGACAUCGUGUUCCUCUCAAACAGAUCGGCGUCAGACAGUGAAAGCGUUACUAUUGGCAUCGGAGAGUACGGCUCAGUUGGCUCCUCACCACCCCUCAGCGGUGCCUCAUGUUCUCCAUUACCUUCCGGCACCCCAAAAGUGAUGUCGGCUAACAGGGCGCUCUUACGUUGUUUCUGGCGGCAGCUUCUUCUGUUAGGACCUCUUCGAUUUCUUGUGGAAACGACUGCUGUCCUUACACCGAUGGCGUUGCGGUGGUACGUCUCGUUUCUCAAGUAG